CGCAACGAUGAGAUACAUGUUGGGUAACACAUUCGCGAUCACCGCUUCGGCAACGAUCCUUAUUUUAGUUUUGUAUUAUGUAUUUACUGGCAAGGGAGAGCAGAUUAGCAUUGGAUGGUUCUUGACGAAUACUUCUCCAUAUAUGUGGUGCACAUUAGGUAUAGGUCUGUCGGUAGCUCUGUCUGUAGUAGGCGCGGCAUUAGGUAUCUAUACAACAGGAGUGUCUAUUGUUGGUGGUGGCGUGAAAGCUCCUAGAAUCAAGACAAAGAAUUUGAUUUCUGUGAUAUUUUGCGAGGCUGUAGCUGUCUAUGGCCUGAUCACUGCCAUUGUUCUAUCUGGAAUGCUCGAGAAAUUUGAUUAUGAGACAGUUUUCGACAACGAAGAACUCAGAUAUCAAAACUGGUUCUCUGGGUACUUAAUGUUCGGUGCUGGUUUAGCCGUUGGCCUCGUCAAUCUUUUCUGUGGCAUAACAGUCGGCAUCGUUGGCUCCGGCGCUGCUCUCGCCGACGCGGCCAACUCUGCCCUUUUCGUAAAGAUUCUUAUAGUCGAGAUCUUUGGUUCAGCUAUAGGCCUCUUUGGUUUAAUCGUUGGUAUUUAUAUGACAUCCGGAGUGAAGAUGGGCGAAAAAAUAUAA